AUGAUUACUGGUAAGAUUGGAAGGAGGCCUCACGUUGUUGCAGUUCAUGAAACUGGCCGAAGUGAUCGACUUGUAUUGCCAAAGAAAUUGGCCGAAGGCCUGGGAUGGGAACAAACAUACCCGUCUUCAGACGGAACAAGGAUGUUUCUGUUUAAUGAGAAUUUCCUGGUACAUCAUGACAAUAUAUCCAAGUUUCAUGUGAAACCAUCUGCAUUACCAGACAGCUGGAAGCUGAGGGAAAUAUUUGUGACUGGUGUCGUAAGUGUUUCUGACAUUGCCCUCACUGAACUUGAUCUAAAUGUGAUUAUUAGUACAGAGCUCACCAGCAGGGCAAUUUCCCAGAUGAUGAAGAAUUAUAGUAAGCGAACUGCAUUAGCUUUUCUGAGGCGGUUGAUUUCAACGUCGGAGAAGAGGAGGCAGCGGUUCGGUCUCUUAAAUAAGACUUUGUUCAUCUUGUCGAAUAAACCUUGGUCCUGUAUCUUGAUUCAAGGUUCGCAUACAGAAGGAAUUCAUCCCAAUCUGGAAAGGUACAUGAUAUUAUCCAGUAAACAUAAAGAUUGGUCUGAAACUUAUGAGCAACAGCAAGGUGUUGUUAGACAGGAAACUGGCCGAAGGUACCCAUCUUUUUCAGUGCUUGGCGAAAGCAAUGAUGUUUCUGUUUCAGCUCUUCCAGUCGAAAAAUUGAUUGUGAAAGCUGAUGGAUUGGGUGAAGAAUUUCCUGCUAUAGACCUUGAUGUGGAUGUUGAGAUGAUUACGGGUGAUCAGCUUGCCAUUGCCAAGAAAAUGGGCCGAAGAAAGCAUACACUUGAAUUGUUUGUUGCUGACUGUGCUAGAAGUGUUUCUGACAUUGCCCUCACUAAACUUGAUCUAAAUGUGAUUAUUAGUACAGAGCUCACCAACAGGGCAAUUUCCCAGAUGAUGAAGAAUUAUAGUGGGUACAUCAUGACAAUAUCCAAGUUUCAUGUGAAACCAUCUCCACUACCAGACAGCUGGAAGCUGAGGCAAAUAUUUGUGACUGGUGUUGUGUUAGACAGUUACUUUGCUUUUAAAUUGGAGCCUCAAAUGACUGUUAUCUUUCUGCCUCAUGAAUGA